AUGGCCAGUGACGACUCCCAAAAAGACUCACUUGACAUUAACACUCUUUCUUUUAAACUGCCACCGUUUACCCCGAGCAACCCUCGCGUUUGGUUCAGGCAGAUCGAGGCUCUUUUUGUGACAAGGCGCAUUACUAGCGAGCGUACCCGCUAUUCGUUCAUUUUGCAGUCACUCCCAUUUGAUGUAGCUGUCACCGUCGAAGACCUUCUUGACCCCAUUCCAGCAGACAAACCGUAUACGCUGCUGAAGGAAGCGGUUAUCCAACGGGUAGCUAAAUCGGCUGACCUUAUGCUGCGGGAACUUUUCACUCAAGUAGAGCUAGGCGAUCAGACACCUUCCCAGCUCAUGCGUCACAUGCGCUCACUUCUUGCUGGUAGGCACAUGGAUGACGCCAUUUUUCGCGAGAUUUGGUUAGAAAAGUUACCGGUGCCUAUGCAGCAGGUUUUGGCCAUGUUGGACUCGAAUACACCUUUAGAGAAACUAGCUACCCACGCCGACAGAAUCAAAGAGUGUUACCCCAUGGGUGCCUCGUGUUCCACUAUUCAACAGCCACCGUCUUCCGAAGGCAAGCCCCAUCAGGGCAUUGACUCUGAUUCAGAAGGCCCACCAUUACCAGCGCACGACACUCCCUAUACGGAAAAGGCGUCAUGCUGUUGCACAACCCGACGCCCGCCCACAUCAGCCGGUCCUCCCAGAACACCCACCGCCGCUUAUCGCACCGAUUACGACGACCUGAGAGACACUGUGCGUCUCCUUUGCACUCAGGUGAGCAACAUGUGCUCUGCGCUUAACAGUCUUCAAGCGGCUAGGAAACAGCCAUGCUCACAUCGACGGUCUAAAUCCCGUGAGCGGCGUUCACAACCCUUAUGUUGGUAUCACCGCACUUAUGGCCCGAAAGCCCGAAAGUGCAUACCUCCUUGUUCGUUCUCUUGUCCUCCACAGUUAAACGACCACGCCAGCCAGUAAUGGCGACGACUGUUGCUGGCCCGUCGCGACCCAGUCGCCUUUUCUAUAUCAAUGACAAGUCGAGCGGCCUUCGUUUCCUGGUCGAUACCGGUGCCGAGGUCAGUGUCAUCCCGCCUCUAAGGCGUCACCGCCUCAAGCCAUCGCAAUUCUCAUUGCAGGCUGCAAAUAGCACCACAAUCAGCACCUACGGCCAACGGUCCCUCACUUUAGAUCUUGGUCUCCGGCGACGUUUUCAAUGGGUCUUUAUUGAGGCUGACGUCAAAUCGCCCAUCAUCGGGGCCGACUUUUUGUCAUCUUUCGGCUUAACAGUCGAUGUCAGAUACCGUCGCCUCUCAGACACCACCACCCAACUCUUUACUAUAGGUACCAGUAGCUCUGAAAGGUCGGUUGGCAUUCAUGUCACCAUCCCCAGCACCCCUUUCGCUGACAUUUUGAAGGACUACCCGUCCAAUCACUAA